CUCUGGGUAGGAGCUUGUAAAGUGUUAGAAGGAUACACGUGAGAGGCAAUUCUCUCUCAUAUAUCAUUUUGCAUUUAAAAAAAUGUUAGUGAAGGCAAUUUAAAAAGAAAAUCCUUAAUGCACACACAACUUACCAAACAAGUGGGUCGGUCUUCUGUGGAUUCCUCUCACGUUACAUAGCUAGUUGACCGGGUAACCAGGCCUCAACCCCCUCCUACCCCUUUAAAAUCUCCCUCCAUCCCUCUUCAAACCAAACCCAACCUCUCCAACUCCUCCUUCCUUCUCAACACUCUUUGCUAAGAGGACCACCAUGAAAGCAUCUCCAAUCCCACAGCUACUCAUGGCCCUGCUGCUUGCAAGUAUCAACAGCAGAAAGUCAGACCCUGAUGCUCCGAUCACGGCCUCCUUCCGGAGCAUGGCCAUCGAUGGGCAAUUCACCACCCAUGAUGUGUCGAAUGCCGCCAUGGACUUCGGAAACCGAUACCACUUCCUUCCUUCGGCGGUUCUUCACCCAGGAUCAGUUGCAGAUAUUGCUGCAACUGUGAGGCAUGUGUUCCAGCUUGGCCCGAGCUCCAGGCUCACCAUUGCUGCUCGUGGCCAUGCGCACUCACUCCAAGGCCAGGCUCAGGCCCCUGGUGGCAUUGUUGUGCGCAUGGAAUCCCUGGGAAGGGCUAAAAACAUGCAUGUGCAUGCAGGAGAAAGCCCAUAUGUCGAAGCUCCUGGUGGAGAGCUAUGGAUUGACGUUCUGAAGGAGACUCUAAGGCACGGGCUAGCGCCAACGUCAUGGACUGAUUACCUCCAUCUCACCAUUGGAGGCACUCUAUCAAAUGCUGGGAUUAGUGGUCAGGCCUUCCGGCAAGGCCCCCAGAUCAGUAAUGUCCACCAGCUUGAGGUAAUCACAGGGAAAGGAGAAGUUAUCAAUUGCUCUUCAACCAAGAAUGUUGAGCUCUUCCAUAGUGUUCUUGGAGGUCUUGGCCAAUUUGGUAUCAUCACCCGAGCUAGGAUUGCAUUAGAGCCAGCGCCAAAGAUGGUGAGAUGGAUUAGAGUUCUCUACUCGGACUUCACCAGCUUCACAGAGGAUCAAGAGAAGCUCAUCUCAGCAGAAAAGACUUUUGACUACAUUGAAGGUUUUGUGAUCAUAAACCGGACAGGGAUUCUCAACAACUGGAGAUCAUCCUUCAAUCCACAGGACCCAGUGCAGGCCAGCCAUUUCAACUCUGAAGGGAAAACUCUUUUCUGCCUCGAGAUGACAAAGAACUUUGACCCUGAAUAUCCUGAGAUAAUGAUGCAGGAAGUUGAGGAGCUCCUAUCACAACUUCGAUAUAUUCCGUCCACACUCUUCCAAUCGGAAGUCUCAUUCCUAGAGUUCCUUGACAGAGUGCAUGUAUCUGAAGUGAUGCUGCGAUCGAAAGGUUUGUGGGAAAUUCCACACCCAUGGCUUAAUCUUCUAGUACCCAGAACUGGAAUCCAUGCCUUCGCAAAUGAGGUUUUUGGAAAGAUCCUCACAGACAGCAGCAAUGGUCCAAUACUGCUAUACCCAUUGAACAAAUCCAAGUGGGAUAACAGAACAUCAGCAAUUAUUCCUAAUGAAGAAGUGUUCUACUUGGUGGCUUUCCUUUCAUCUGCACCAUGCUCUUCAGGUCAAGACAGCUUAGCGAAAGCACUCAAACAGCAGGAAAGGAUCUUAGAAUUCUGCAAGAAGGCUAACAUCCAAAUGAAGCAAUACUUGCCACAUUACACAACACAAGAAGAAUGGAAGUUCCACUUCGGGCCGAGAUGGGAAGAGUUUAAACACAAGAAACAGGCUUAUGAUCCUCUGGCAAUUCUUGCACCGGGACACAGGAUUUUUCAGAAGGCAGUAGCUUCCUUAUGACAGCUGACUUCCCCAUAUAAGACAUAUUUGUAAAAAAGAAUAGCCAUAGAAAUAAUUUUUCAUAUUUUUGUAACACUUUACAAGCCUGCAGCUAAAAGUAGUUUGGCUGCUUCCUAUAAAAGUAAAGGAAAGAGUAUGGCAACAAUCCAAAACUGAUCCUGGAUGAGAAUAUGUCCAGCUGCAAGGAAGACAAGCAAGGAAAAAAAAACAGAAGAAAACAAUAUCAUAACCAGAAAUCUUUUUCACUAGGAUGCAAGGAAAAUGACUCGUGGUGGGAAAAAAAACAGGAGUUAGGCAUCAACAUCAGGAUGGAGAAAAAAGACGAAGAUGUCUCAGAUCAAUGUACAUAUGGCUUUCAAACAAGAUUAGAGAAAUCCCAAAUACAAACAGCGUCACUUGCAUGCACAUGCAAAAUUCUAAAGAACGCCAGAUGGUAUUGCCUGUGGAGUACCCCACAGACAAGAGGUAGGCUUGGCAUGCUAAGAUUUAGUCCUAUCAACAGUGCCUGCUUAGAUUCAAAAGAUCAAAUGUGUGCAUUACUCAAGCCUAGAGGAGUGAAACCAGACACAUAAGGAAGCUGUAAAGUAUUUUUCCUAAGUUUCUCGUAUGUGAUUAACACAGCAUAUCAUCAUAAUUAACUGUAUGGCAAACAGUAACUGUUGCUAAGAACGUCAUCAGACCAUGAAAAAAACUUAGUGCAGCUAUCAAAAGCGUAAGGAUGUAUUUUUUCCUGUAAACCUGUGGGUAAAAUAGAUAGUUUCUGAAAAGACUGAAAAUCA